AUGCGUGGUCUUACUCAGGACACUCGUGCGACAGUGGAUGGGGUACUGGAUCCACGGACGAUGCUCAUCCUGCACAAGUUUAAAACUGGUGGCUACUACGACGAGAUGGGUGGCUCUAUCUCAACAGGCAAAGAAGCCAACGUGUACUCUGCAGUCGCCAGAAUUCGAGUGCCCACGGCCACGACCAAGAAUACUAUGACUGGGACCACAAUGGGCUUGACUGAGACCACAGUGGGCUUGACUGGGACCACAGUGGACUAUGAAGUGGUGGAAGUGCCGCGGGCUAUAAAAGUAUUCAAGACGUCGAUUUUGGUCUUCAAGAACCGGCGACAGUACGUGGAGGGUGAGUUCCGGUUUCGUCGAGGAUAUGUAUCGGCAUCGAAUCCCCGCAAAAUGGUUAAGCAAUGGGCGGAGAAAGAGUUCCGGAAUUUGCGCCGAUUGUUACAAGCAGGGUUAAGAGCGCCGGCUCCUGUGUGUCUACGUGGCCAUGUAUUCGUAAUGUCAUUAGUGGGUCGCAACGAUACGACACCGGCACCGCGUUUGCGUGACUAUCCAGCAGCCGAUGCACUCGAAUGGCGCCGUGUGUAUGUUGAAGUGCUUGCACUCUUGCGCUGCUUCUAUCACUGGUGCGAACUCGUUCAUGGUGAUGCCAGUGAAUACAACCUUCUAUUCCACCAAGGACACCCUUACCUCAUCGACGUAUCCCAGUCCACUGACAGUGCGCACUGCCAUGCAGAACGGUUCCUCAAAAGAGAUUGUCUCAACAUCACCGCCUUCUUCAAAAAAAAGUGCGAAGGCAUCGAACUCUUAGACCAACUAGCAGACGACAGGGACCAUGACAGUGAUGACAUAUCCAGCGACGCGAAUGACAGUCUACCACAGGGUACGGAGGCUCUGAACACGGAGGCUCUGAACACGGAGUCUCUGAACACGGAGUCUCUGAACACGGAGUCUCUGAACUCUCUGGAAUCAGAAAGCGAAGGGGUGGAGGAUGUGGACGAGGAUGAGGACGAGGAUGAGGACGAGGAUGAGGACGAGGAUGUGGACGAGGAUGUGGACGAGGAUGUGGACGAGGAUGUGGACGAGGAUGUGGACGACUCUCUAAGCGGCGGCUUGAUGACCAAGAAGACCUUGAGGUUUGAUCGCUCUCCUCGUGAAGAGUUUGGCGGUGAAGAGUGUGCUCAGAUUCGCGAAAAUGGCGGCUUGGCUCAGAAUGGCGAGUCGGGGGUGGAUUAUUACAAAGGCGCUUCUGCAUUGAAUCGGUGGAAAUGGGAUGCACAGCUGGUUGAGGACAAUGAGUGGAACAGGUUGGAGGAUGUGAUGUCUCCCGAGGCGUUGCGGAAACUGGAGGGGUUGGAAAUAAUGAGUGUGGAGAACAUGUUCAAGUACGUCACAGCGCCGUCUUUGCGAAAGUCGACCGAUACAUGGCCGGAGUUCGAUAGGGACGCGCGACGCCAGGCAUGGAGUCUCGCGGCCAAGGGCGAGAGGUUGACGAACGAGCAGCAGCAACCGGUUGGUCAGCAAUCGGUGGGUCAGCCGCUAGACGAGAGGAAGACCGCUAGUGCCAACAUGUACGUGUUGAAUAUCGACCCGGUGGACCUGAAUAAACGGGCCGACAAGUUCCUUGAAAUCUGCGCCAGUACGUUGGAUUAUGUACAUUCGUGUAAUGGCAAAAACUCCGAUGAAGAUUUAGCCGUCUUUGUCAGCAAAACUCAACCUACGUCUCUAAAGGAUCUGAGCACUCUUGAAGUCGAACGAGAAUUGAAAGCAAGGGAACAAGGAACUGACACGCGAUAUUCGGACUAUAUUUCAUCACAAACAAAAGCUCUGAAACAGGAAUAUCUUGAGGGCCAAGAAGAUAUUAACAGCCGUAUUAAUAGCGACAUUGACAGCGACAGCGACAGCGAAGAUGACGGUAGUGACGAUGAGAAUGCCCAGGACGAGGGCGCCAUCCCCAAAUUCGACGGCAAAAUACCAGAAGGAAUGGAUCCUAAAGAAUGGAAAAAAAUGGUCAAAAUUGCAAAUCGAGAGAAACGUCAACAUAAAAUGAAAAAGAAGGACAAGAAACAGAAAAUUAAGAAAAUUGAGCUUCUCACUGACAGCAUCUUAAACAACAUCAAGCACUUCCGGAAUGUGGGUGUUUUGAUUGUGGGGAACAAGUUAACUACUAAAGACAGGGUGGUUGAUGCGGGACUCAGCGAUAUUUCGUCGGUGGAGAAUCAGUUCUCGGAUUCCGCAGAAGUUACCAGCGACGUGCAGAAAGGUCUUGAUACUAUUUUCGACAUUGAGCCAUACGCUGGUCUGAUCGAAAAGCUGCCAGCGGAAUUACAGCUAAGUUUUUAUGACGAGUUGCUUGCCAUAUACAAUACAGCAUUAGAAGUGCUUGAUUCAAUGCAAGAUCGCGCAGACAAAUAUGCUACAAAUCAACUCACGAUCGAGAAGCCUGAAGAAGUCCGGGAGACCACGUCCAAUCAGCUUGACCAAGACACAGAUGAGGAUCAAGAGGAGAGUGGGGAUCAAGACACUGACGAGGACCAAGACACAGACGAUGAUCAAGAGGAUAGUGGGGAUCGAGAUUAG